UUGCGAUGCUUGGUGAAACAGUUGGAACGAGGAGAGGCGUCCGUCGUCGACCUCAAGAAGAACUUGGAGUAUGCAGCCUCAGUCCUGGAGUCUGUGUACAUCGAGGAGACACGGUAUGGAUACCUUAUCAUGGGCACAACAGUACAGUAGAUUGGUCAAUUCCACUAUACAUAUUACAUACAGUAUCUGACAUAUUCUGUGUGAACUAUUAUUAUUAUUAUUAGUUAUUUCUCAAAAUGUUCUGUCCUACAGAAUGUUAUUUCUCUCUCUCUCUCUCUCUCUCAGAGCUAGCUCCUCUUAUAUCUAAGCUCUGGCUAUCAAAGAUAGCUCGAGUCUCUACUCUAGUCUCUAUCAGAUCGCUGAGAUUCUCUCUCUCUCUCUCCUCUCUCUUCUCUCUCUCUCUCUCUCUUCUCUCUCUCUCUCUCUCUCUCUCUCCUCUCUCUCUGUCUGUCUCUCUCCCCAUCUCUCGCUUACUCUCCUGCACUUUCUCUCUCCCUUAUGGAAAAACCACAUGAAUGUGAUCUUAUGUGAAAUGAAUGUGAUAACAUGUGACAACAUGUAAAAGCAACAUGAAACUACACAUGUGAAAACAAUGAGCACGUGAAAACAUGAUCAGAAUUUCAACAAGUGAUACCAUGAAACUACACGUGACAACAUUUGAACAUUUUUCACAUGUAAAACUGCAAAUUAGAUUUUCACAUGUGAAUGUUUUUCACAUGUGAAAGUGCAAAUUCAAUUUUCACAUGUGAAAGUUGUUCACAUGAAAAUGCAAUUCCACAUGUGAGAUUUAGGUUUUCACAUGUGAAAGUUCUAAAACAUGUUAUUCUCCUGACAUGGGAAAAGGUGGUGUUAACAUGUGAACUCUAAUUUAAUAAAUGUAAUCAUAUGGUUUCACAUGUGAACAAUUGACCUCACAUGUCUCUUUUGUUUUCACAUGUGAAAGUUUCAGCUCAACAGGGGAAAACAACUAUUUCACAUGUGAAAAUGUGAUUUCACAUGUGAAAUGCGAUUUUCACACGGGAAACUGUACAUUUCACAUGUGUUUUUUGGGAAGGGAAGUAAUGAAAGGUAUGGGUAUUUUAAGGUAAGUGGUACGCUGUUAAACUAAAAUAGUGUAAACAUCUUUAAUCAAUAUGAUUACAUUUGACAUGAUGACUUAGAGCUGACUUUCCAAUAUGACUCCACUUGGGAUUUAAACUCACAACCUCUGGAUUUGGGGUACGCUGAUCUUUCUAAUGCGCCACAAAGUCUGUAGCAUUUUCAGAAGUCUCCUACAGAUUCAAUACCUAUAAUACAUCUCUGCACUUAGCAAAAUAGUGCCAUCUGCACUGCUAUUUUAGUUACCAGAUAAUAUGACUAUUCUCUCAUCAUUGAUUUCAUUUACUUAUUUCAGCAAUUUGUAGUUUUGACCAAAGUGUAGGAAUACAGGUGAAAUCAGUUAUUGACACCGACAUGGUGACGUAGCAACAAGAUUGGAAUGCAAUGGUUGUGAAUUCAAAUCCCAAGUGAGGACAUGUUGAAUAAUAAUUACAGUAUAAAUAAACAUAAACAAUGUAAUCAUGUGUGUCAAAUAUGUAAAUUGAAAACACUGUGACCGCGUGACAUUCCGGGGACAUCCUAAUGAAUGUUAAAUUUUUUAUGCAGGAUAUCACCUGUGAAAUAUCAUGUGAAAAAUAUAAAUGUGAAAUUUCAUGUGAAAUAUCAUCACAUGUGAAGUGUUCCAAAACCAUAUGGUUUCACAUGAUUUGUGAAAGGUUAUGUGAUCACAUGAAAAUCCACAUGUGAAACUUAAUGUGAAAUAUCAUCACAUGGUUUUUCAGUAAGGUCUCUUUCUCUCUCUCUCUCUCUCCCGCUCUCUCUCUACCUCCCUCUCCCUCUCUCUGUCUAUCUCUCCCUCUCCCUCUCUCUGUCUCUCUCUCCCUCUCCCUCUCUCUGUCUCUCUCUCUCGCUCUGUAUUCCCCUCUCUCUCUCCCUCUCCCUCCUCUGUCUACACAUAUUUGUUAGAGAGAAAGAGAGCAGAAUUGGGUUUUAAUGAAAAACCUUAUCAAGUGCUCAAAACAAAGUAGUUAUUUUAACUUGAUUGAAAUAUUAUUGAUGAGAAGAGAUGGGCCCUGCUCUGUGUGUGUGUGUGUGUGCACGCGUUUGUGCGUGUGUGUACAUGCAUAAAUGCAUACUUGUGCAUCCAUGCAUGCACGUAUCUGCGCAUAUAUGUGUGUGUGCAUGUGUCCGUCCCUCUCUGCAGACGGUUGGUGGACACAGAGGAUGAGCUCAGUGACAUCCAGUCGGACUCGGUGCCGUCGGAGGUGCGUGAUUGGCUUGCCUCCACCUUCACGCGUCAGAUGGGUCUGAUGCUGCGCCGGACCGAAGAGAAACCGCGCUUCCGCAGCAUCGUACACGCAGUGCAGGCUGGGAUAUUUGUUGAGAGGUUAGUUUGUCCUACAAUGUCCUCCGAACAUGUAGUAUGUUUCUUACUAAACUGGGAGAGCAGCACUGACAGUAACACACUGUCAGUGUAUUUGUGAAGAGGUUGAUUGUCCUACAAAUUCACUACACUGCCAAAAGUAUGUGGACACCCGCUCGUCGAACAUCUCAUUGCAAAUUCAUGGCCAAUAAUAUGGAGUUGGUCCCCCCUCUGAUGCUAUAACAUACUCCACUCUUCUGGGAAGGCUUUCCACUAGAUGUUGGAACAUUGCUGCGGGGUCUUGCUUCCAUUCAGCCACAAGACCAUUAGUGAAAUCGGGCACUGAUGUUGGGAAAUUAGGCCUGGCUCGCAGUCGGUGUUCCAAUUAAUCCUAAAGGUGUUCGAUGGGUUUGAGGUCAGGGCUCUGUGCAGGCUAGUCAAGUUCUUCCACACCGAUCUCGACAAAUGAUUUCUCUAUGGACCUUGCUUUGUGCACGGGGGCAAUGUCAUGCUGAAACAGGAAAGGGCCUUCCCGAAACUGUUGCCACAAAGUUGCAAGCACAGAAUCGUCUAGAAUGUCAUUCUUCACUGAAACUAAGGGGCCUAGCCUGAAUAAUAAAAAACAGCCUCAGACCAUUAUUCCUCCUCCACCAAACUUUACAGUUCACACUAUGCAUUCGGGCAGGUAUCGUUCUCCUGGCAUCCGCCAAACCCAGAUUCAUCCAUCGGACUGCCAGAUGGUGAAGCGUGAUUCAUCCCUCUAGAGAAUGCGUUUCCACUGCUCCAGACACCAAUGCCGGCGAGCUUUACACCACUCUAGCCAACUCUUGGCAUUGUGCAUAGUGAUCUUAGGCUUGUGUGCGGCUGCUCGGCAGCUCCCGAAGAACAGUUAUUGUGCUGACGUUGCUUCCAGAGGCAUUUUGGAAUUUGGUAGAGAGUGAAUUUUUACGUGCUACGCGCUUCAUCACUCGGCGGUCCCGUUCUGUGAGCUUGUGUGGCCUACCACUUCGCGGCUGAGCCGUUGUUGCUCCUAGACGUUUCCACUUCACAAUAACAGCACUUACAGUUGACCGGGGCAGCUCUAGCAGGUCAGAAAUGUAACAAACUGACUUGUUGGAAAGGUGGCAUCCUAUGAAGGUGCCACGUUGAAAGUCAAUGAGCUCUUCAGUAAGGCCAUUUUACUGCCAAUGUUUGUCUAUGGAGAUUGCAAUGCUGUGUGCUCGAUUUUAUACACCUGUCAGAAACGGGUGUGGCUGAAAUAGCCAAAUCCACUAAUUUGAAGGGGUGUCCACAUACUAUUGGUCAUGUAGUGUAUAUGAUCUGUGUAUUUCAUACUGAACUAGGAUAUACCACAUUCAUCUCCCUGUUAGUCUCUCGCGACAGACUGUUAACAAUAACAGCCCCCAGCAUCAAAUCAAGUAGCUUGCAUUUAAGAUUUGUUUCUGCGUCCCAGGAUUAUCUCAUGCUAGCAGUUACCCAUAGACUUCCAGUCAUUGCGCUAAUGCUAGUUAGCAUUGGCUCCCGAAACUACCUCUAACUUCCUUCAUACUGGACAUAGAUACAUAAAAAUGGUAUCCAAUUCAUAUGCCUCUGGGGAAGUAGAUAAAGGGCCUCAUUGCCAAAAUCCUGAAGUAUCCCUUUAAUGGACAGGAGUUCCAUAUUUUUCCCUACUGUCAAUGGAGCCAUCAAAGUAAUUUUGUCCUGUAGAGAAUGCCUUAUCAUAAAGAACCCUACAUGAAAGUGUGUGCAUCCAGCAAUCUCUGGCCAAGCCCUGGGUGGGUUUAUUUGAUAGCAUACGGUAUGUAUCAGUCUCACAGUAGAAGCGUAAAUCCCAGCCUAGAUGAUAAGCAUUGGGAAGGUCACCCAUCACAUCCCUGUUGUGAGGUAUUUCCCCCAGAACCAUCCUCCCCUUACCCUUGAAAUGGUAAUACCACUAGCCAUCUCCCCCCGUCCACCUCCACCAAUCAGUGGUCCUUGGGUCUCUGGGUGUCCUAACAUUGUGUGCAUGGGCGUGUGUGUGUGUGUGUGUGCAUGCGUGUGUGUUAUCUCUCCCUGACAGGAUGUACCGCCGGACGUCCAACAUGGUGGGAUUAAGCUAUCCGCCCAGCGUGAUCACGGUGCUCAAGGUAUUAAGAAUCGCGACCUGGCAAGGACGGCAAUAGGCCAACGAGGCAGGGGAAGUCUGAGAUGUGCCAAUGGGGUGGCGGGGAGGGAGGGCCAGGCCUGCGAAAUACCAGGCCUGGCCCUCCCUCCCCGCCACCCCAAGCAGGGGCAACCAAGAUAUAACCAUACAUCAUUCACAACCUCACCCUAUUUCCUUCAAAUAGCCCCUCACAUACACAGUAUAUGAUGGAAUAUAUAUGUGUAGAAUCACAGUACAUACAGGCUGCAUGCAUUAAUUUCAAGCCAUUCUCCUCCGAUGCCAGAACACACAAGGGUAAAAGCAGCAUUUGACAAAAAUACAAUGUAUUUUUACUAUUGAAUGUCUGUCCUGUAAUGAGUAAUCAUGUGUGUCCUGGUUACUGACAGCAGGACCUAUUCCCAUGCAAAAGAACACAAGGUAUUAAUACCCUGCUGAUCUUAUGGAAGGGAUUUUCAUGUAAUGUGUUGUUGUUAUUGGUGUGUAAUAUUUGCGUAGCGUGCAAUGUUUUCAUGCCUCAUGACGUGAUGACUCUCCAUCUGCAGAGAGAGAUGACAGAAUUAGAGUUUUGUUUGAUCUGUUUAAUCUGGUGUGAUGACAAAGUGUAUCUCUCUUUCUCUGCUAUUGUCACACACACACACACACACACAGACACACACACACAUAUGCUUGCAUGCACACACACACACACACACACACCACCUGACCAUCUGGGUAACCCUAACCGGUUGCUCAGAGGCACAGAGGUCAACUAGAGGUCAAUAGUGCGUUGUGUUUUAUGCACAUCAUAAAUUAUGACAUAGGUGGUCUCCCGUGGGGUUUGGGUUCAACACCCCAUUCCAACCCCAUCAGUAUGAUGAACUUAACUGUCUCAUGACAUGUGCUGUCUAUAUUUCAUAACUAAACAACAUUGUAAAACAGCCAUUAACCUAAACCUUGAGAGGUCAGAAUCCAUACAAAACCAGGAAAAGCCUGUAGAAUGAAAACCAGGACUUUGUGUCAUAAACUUACUGGACCAACCCUGUUCAGUUCGGACCAAUGUGCUGACAGCAGGGUGGAUUGGCCAUCUGGCAAUUCUGGCAAAAGCCAGAUGGGCUGGAAUUGUUUUGUUGUUGGGUGUGCUGGUCGAAAUUGACACUCACCCAAAAAAUUUAUCUGUUAUACUAAUCAGUGAGCAACGGCCAACCGCCCUCCCAAGAUGGGCCAGCCUGGUUUUCUGAAAGACUGAGCUGAGGUCCCUGCCCCUGUGCCUGCGCCCUCCCAUGCGCUCGAAAGAAAAAUGUAUUCUGAUCAUAAAACAUUUCAAAAUGUAACUGAGGGAAAAACACAGCUUUGGAAGCUUCGUCCCCUUGUCCCUGUCGAAGAGAGGUGGGUCUCACCUUUCUGUAGAUAUUUUUAUUUUUUAGAUAUUCAGCUCAAUAGCAACUAUGUAUUUUACAACCAAGAUAUUUGACAUGGCUUUGGGAUGUGGAGUGCCGUGCCUAAAACUGCAUAGUUUUUUGUAUUUUUGGAUGAAUACAUGGGUAUAAAAAUUAAAAUAAAUCUGUAGUCCUAUUUUGACAGAGUUGGCAGCACGUGCAGUGAUGUGGGCUGGUGUGGAUAAAAUGCCAGGGCCUAAUUCUUGACCCAGGCCGCCCCUGGCUGACAACAAUCCUUACCGAUGCUGUGAUAUCAUCAUGCCUCACCUUAUGAAUCCUGGCUUGACUGCUAUUAGAUUUCCUCCAGCUAUCUCACAAAGCUAUUUUCUUCGUAUUCUCCUCUAAAACCGCUAAAUAACACAGUGUUGAAAUGAAAAGCUCUGUGGGCUACUUACCCCCGUUCCUUCUGUAGUCAUCCUGCUGUCCUGACCUGUCAUUGGUUGAUUCACACAGAGACUGGAGAACUUGGCUUAGUCAUCUCUGAGCCCGCUCUCUUCCUCUUUCUUUCUCUCUCUCUCCACCUCAUCCCUCUUUCUCUCUCCAUUUCCAUCUCUCUCUUUCAGUAUGCCCGCAGGCUGUGUAAGCCAGUGGCGGGAGACAGAGAUGGAGAGCAGGCGAAAACUUCCAAUUUAAAGAUUUAAAUCUUUAAUGUGUUGUAAUUCAAAUGGCCCCUGCACCAGACAUGUCAGAAGAACUCCACAUAACUUUGUUGGAAAGAGAGAGAGAGGGAGGGAGGGAGGGAGGAAGUUGUAUAGAGAAUGAGAGAGAGAGAAGGGGGAGUGAGGGAGAGAGAGAGAAUGGGGGAGAGAGGGAGAGAGAGAGAAUGGGGAGGUAUGGCGAGAGAAGGGGGGAGUAAGGUAGAGAGAGAAUAAUCAUGUCAAUAACUCACCUCUAGAUGUACAUGGGGAUUCUGUUCUUGUUCAUUAUUACUUAGGUUCCUAUUAUGACUCCUAAUAGCGCCUGGCUUUAAAUUCAUGUAACAUACUGUAUCAUCAAACAAACUAGAAAUAACGUCUGAUGUAAAAACAUGCUUACUGCUUCAUGGUUUUCAAAUGGUCAUGCAGGCUUUCAAUAAAGUGAAUUUAUUGAUCACCUAAAUUCAAUGAAAUAAUACUUGAAUAUAAGCAAUGUAUAGCAAUAUAAAGGAAAAUAAAAUGUUUGAGACUCAGAUGCACACCAUUUUCAUUUUAGAAGAUACCCCUCCCUGCUCCUCCUCAAUUAUUUGCCUUACAGACACAUUCAGAUUCAAAUGUAGUCUUUCAAUACUUGUUCUGACAAUGACUCCCUCUCUUUCGCAGCACGUGGACAUGUGGUCUUUUGACGUGUUUGCCCUGAAUGACGCGAGUGGGGACCACGCGUUGAAAUUCAUAUUCUAUGAGCUCCUCACAAGAUAUGACCUCAUCAAUCGCUUCAAGGUAAGCUGA